AGACAUCCUGCCACAAUGAUUUCUGCAAAGUCCAAACUUGUACCCUAUGGCCUCAAGACUCUGCUGGAAGGAGUUAGCAGAGCUAUUCUCAAAACCAAUCCAGCAAACAUCACCCAGUUUGCAGCAGUUUAUUUUAAAGAACUUACUGUGUUUAGAGAAGGGAAUACUUGUAUGGAUAUAAAAGAUCUGGUUAAACAGUUUCACCAGACUAAAGUGGAGAAAUGGUCAAAAGGAGCAACACAAGAGAAGAAACCAAAAUGUGUGAAAGAACCAGAAGGAACAUCUGUAGUUUCUCAAGAACCAACCUGGAUGGAAAAAUCUACGGACACAGAGGACAAUAUAGCUAGACCAUUGUUUAUCAACAAAACCACCCAGUUUCCAACAGUUAAUGCUGAAUUUCUAGAGCCUGAAGAGAGAAAUGAAGCAGUUCGUGGUCCUUCUUCCAAACCACACACCUCUAAGGUUAUCACCCCACCCUCAUCACCAGCUCCAGCAGCUGUCUCUCCAGAGUUUGCCUAUGUCCCAGCUGACCCAGCUCAGUUUGCUGCUCAGAUGUUAGCAAUAGAAACAAGCGAAGCAGGACAACCACCACCAUAUUCUAACAUGUGGACCCUUUAUUGUCUAACUGAUAUGAAUCAGCCAAGUCCCCCAUCACCACCACCUGCACCUGGGCCUUUCCCCCAGGCAACCCUCUAUUUAUCUAAUCCUAAGGAUCCACAGUUUCUGCAGCAUCCACCAAAAGUUAUUUCUCCAACUUAUGUGAUGAUGGACGACAGCAAGAAGACCAGUGCCCCACCUUUUAUUUUAGUAGGUUCAAAUGUUCAGGAAGCACAGGAUUGGAAACCUCUUCCUGGACAUGCUGUUGUUUCACAGUCAGAUGCCAUGAAGAGAUAUGCUGCAGUACAAGUUCCCAUCGCUGUGCCUGCAGAUCAGAAAUUCUAGAAACAUACCCCAAAUCCCCAGAAUGCUAGUCCACCCACAAGUGGACAAGAUGUCCCCAGACCACAAAGUCCAGUUUUUCUUUCUGUUCCUUUCCCAGUAGAAGAUGUAGCCAAAAAAAGUUCAGGAUCUGGUGACAAAAGUACUCCCUUUGGAAGUUACGGUAUUGCUGGAGAAAUUACUGU